AGAGAGAGAGAGAGAGGGUACCCAAUGACGGCAUUCUUCGGUUUUGCGGGCAUUUUAGGAUCCUAGAGAAGCCCCAAGUAGUUUCAUACUUUCAUUGGGAAUGAAUCUUGAUUCUCUUACUGGAUGAGCUACUCCCGUUGAAAAAAUAAAAAUGGAGAAGGUCAAAGCGUUUCUGGAAGUGACGGAGGAGGAGUCGGAGACCGUGUCGAGGGUCGCCGUCCGGCCUCACAGAGUCGGCCACGAGACGAGCUUUUACGACGAUUUCGCCCUCCGCGGCAUCCGAGUCCUCCAAGCCCGCCCCGGCUUUGCCCUCUGCUCCUUCAAGAUCCCGCCUCGUCUCACCAACAGGAAAGGGGAAUUGGCGUCGGGCGCAAUCGCGACCUUGGUGGAUGCAGCGGGGGCGUCGGUGCUGCCGGUGGUGGGACCCGGUAACGUUUCAGUCGACAUUUCCAUCUCCUACCUUUCUGCUGCCAAGCUUCAUGGUAAUUGUGGAUCGACUGACAAAGAUUGCACAUUUUGUUCCGAUCAGAGUCGGUUACUCCAUAAAUAGGUUGAUAAAACUUUAUGUGCAGAAGAUAGUUAGACUCCAUGGUGUGCCUGUGUCCAUUGUUUCAGAUCGAUAUCCAUGGUUCACCUCUCGGUUCUGCAAGAGUUUGCAGGAAACUUUGAGAUCUCAACUUACUUUCAAUACUGCAUUUCACCCAUAGACUGACGGACAGUCGGAGCGAACGAUUCAAAUCUUAGAAGAUAUGCUGAGGGUCUAUGUACUGGAUUUCAGAGGUAGUUGGAUCAGGUUUUUGCCACUGGUGGAAUUUGCCUACAAUAACAGUUAUCAGACUAAUAUUAAGAUGACACCAUAUGAAGCGUUGUAUGGUCAAAGGUGCCGAUCUUCGCUGUAUUGGGAUGGGGCCGCUAUGUGAGUGGCCCCAACUCUUUCUAGAGUUGGGUAAACAAUUCGGUGAUUUCUAGAGAAAAUUGCAUUACGUAAUGAUAAACAAAUUUCGAGGACGAAAUUUUUCAUGAGGAAAAAAUGUAAUGAUUCAAAAAAAAAUUAAAUUAAAUUAAAUUUUAAAAAAUAAUUAAUUAAUACGAUAUAAUAAUAUAUUAAUAUAAUAUUAUAUUAUAUAUAUAUAAGUAUAACUUGCUCUUGAAGCAUAAGAAAGCUUCAAGAAAGUAGAAAGAAAAAAUUGCUUCUUGAGAAGCUGAGUUUCUUGCGCCAUUCUCUCUGCUUCUCUCUCCUCAUGUCUCUCUUGUCUCUUUCUUCUCGAAUUCAUCGGCCAAACGUGUGUUGAUCGAAGAAUGGAAAAUACCCUUGGGUUCCAUUCUAGGCAACCAACAUUUUAACUGGAGUUGAUUUGUCGUAAGAGUGUCGUAGGUACCACUACUGGGGUGAGGUAAGAAAAAUAUAUUAUGUCAGUUUAUUUUGAAAAUAUUCCCAAUUAAAUUGUAAUAAUUGGUUUCAAGAAUAAUAUACAUGAUUUUCUGAGU